GUUUACCAUAGCUUACGAGUCCUGAAAGUGCUAGUUAGUGUUUAGAGGACUAUGGUUUGAUAAAGAUGUUUAUAUGAGUCUUUGAUUCAAUAUUUAAUAUGUUGUACUUAAGAAAUCAGUUUAAUAGCUUUACUCAAAUAGGAAUUUAUCCCAGAUUAUGAAAUUCGCCUAAAUACCAGCCUUAAGCAGUGAAGUUGAAAGAGUCACUUGACUAUUCUACCAGAUUAGCAUAUUAUUUUUAGAGGUUUUGGAUCAUCUGCUAAUCUGAAGAAUCACUUUCUCUUUAAAUACAAAGAACAUAACUGACAUGUAUGUGUCUAUAACUCUUAACUGGCUUGUAUUUUGACAAUGUAGUGCACCUAGUAACAAAAGCAUGAAAAAGGCUGAGGUACUCAGUGCCAUUUUUGCCUUGGUUUUUACGGGGGAAAAUCAAAAUCCAUAGGACCAGACAGUGGCUGAUGUGGUUGGGAGACUGCUCUCUGUGUCUGGAAGGUCAUGGUAAUGGGGGGAAGUUCCUGAUGACCAUGGAAAGUCCUGCAUCUGAAAUGGCACGCAGGCUGGGAGACAACGGGCUGGACAGCAGCUUUGCAGUAAAGGACCUGGGCAUCCUGGUAGAUAAGAAGCUGUGUGUCCUUGUGGCCAAGAGAGUUGCAUGCUGGACUGUAUUAGCAAGACUGUAGCCAGCAGGCCAAGAAAAAGAGAGGAAGGAUUGCAAGGCUGCACUGCAGGACUGUGUGCAGUCUGGGGCUUCCCAGUACAAGGAAGAUGUUGAUGUGUUGGAGUGAUCCAGUAGAAGGCUAUCGGGGUGGUUCAGCAUUUGUGCUUGCAGUUAGGUAAAGAUACAACAGCAGAAAAACAGACAUCUAAGAUACUUUAGUUUUAAUGGGAAACCCCCCCCCCCCCCCCCCCAUCUUCAUUUUAUAUUUUUCUAGUCAUUGUGUCUGGCGAAACAUGCCCUGCUACCCUGGACUAUUCUGGUACAUCCUCAAAGAGAUGGCAACUUCCAGGUAUAAGCAGCAGUUAUCUGCUGUAGGCGAGUAGCGGAAGAGCCAGCAUUAAUUCAGAGGGAGUAUGAGAGACUAUAUGGGUUUGGGAUACCAAGUGUCACCUAUCAGGGUUGUGCAAAGGUACUGAAGAAGAGGGGCUUUGACUCCAAAGAUGUGAGUGGAAAUAACUUCCUAGGAUACUGCAAAUGAUAGUGAUGCUGUGAUUUACAUUGCAACUCUUACCUUAUGAAAAAACAAAUAUGAGGGAGAGAAAAGAUCCUUUGUUGUGGGGCAGAGAACGAAAAAGAGAGCUUCUGCUUUUGUCAAGUCUUUUCCCACAUCCCUGCAUCUGUAUAUUUAUUGUCUCUGGGGGAGGUAAUUUGUAAGUGAAGCAAAAUAGCUACAAGUAUGCUUUUAUACAUACAUACAUUUAUAUAUACACAUACACCCCUACAUACAUGCAAAACCACCAACUCAUUCUUUUACUGGGUGUUUGGAGGAAGGAAACUGGGAUUCUGGCGCUUCUGGAAGUGAUAGAGAAGAACUUAACAAGCCCAAUGAAGACAGGGGUAUUAAGGAGGAAGAACUCUACUCAGUUUGACGUCUCCAUUUUCCAGUUCAAAGUUCCAGUUCCCUUUUCUGCAAAAAUAGUUUAUUCUAGAAAAGGUAUAAAUAACUAGAACGUGGGAUUUCAUUUGUAAUGACUCACUGCAUGCUUUUUGACCAUUUGUCAAUGGUACAAUGUUUAUUUGCCACUGUAGUUUGUCAUCAUUGAUGUAAAAAAAUUAUUGAUUGUUUACAGACAAUAAGUGAGUUUUAGUCUUUGCAGGGGAUGUAUUCAGUGUUCGCCAAUGAUAGAGAAGGGUUGUUCUUUGUAGACCGAAUUCUUCAGCUGUUAAAAUGAGCUUGUGGUACUUCCUGAAAAUGAAGUUUUUAAUGAAGGCAUUGCGGUACCAUAAUAAAAAACUAGAAGGAAAGAGGCGCGUAAGCAAAAUGGCAGGGAACAGCCUUGUUCUGCCCAUCGUCCUGUGGGGUCGUAAAGCCCCCACACACUGCAUAUCCACCCUGCUGCUCAUGGAGGAUGCGUCAAUGAUCGUCACAGGGUGCCAUGAUGGACAAAUAUGUCUCUGGGACCUUUCUUUAGAUUUAGAGAUUAAUCCCAGAGCUCUGCUGUUUGGUCAUACAGCCUCAAUUACUUGUUUAUCAAAGGCCUCUGCUUCCAGUGAAAAGCAGUAUAUAGUGAGUGCAUCAGAAAGCGGGGAGAUGUGUCUGUGGGAUGUGAAUGAUGGGAGAUGCAUAGAGUUUACUAAACUAGCCUGCACACAUACUGGCAUACAGUUCUAUCAGUUUACAGUUGGGACUCAACGUGAAGGAAGAUUAUUAUGCCAUGGACAUUAUCCAGAAAUUCUUGUUGUGGAUGCUACUAGCCUUGAAGUUCUUUAUUCUUUAUUAUCAAAGAUAUCUCCUGACUGGAUCAGCUCAAUGACUAUUAUUCGAUCCAAUAGAACACAAGAGGAUACUGUUGUAGCAGUUUCAGUGACUGGCAUCCUGAAAGUAUGGAUAAUAACCUCUGAAGUUAGUCGGAUGCAGGAUACAACACCAGUAUUUGAAGAGGAAUCAAAACCUAUUUAUUGUCAAAACUGUCAAAGCAUUUCUUUCUGUGCAUUUACCCAGCGGUCAUUGUUGGUAGUGUGUUCCAAAUACUGGAGGGUUUUUGAUGCUGGAGAUUAUUCCCUCUUAUGUUCAGUCCCUAGUGAAAACGAUCAGACCUGGACUGGUGGCGACUUUGUGUCAGCUGAUAAAGUGAUUGUAUGGACGGAAGAUGGACAGAGUUUCAUAUAUAAAUUACCAGCCAGCUGUCUACCAGCUAGUGAUUCAUUUCGCAGAGAUGUGGGGAAAGCAGUAGAAAAUCUAAUUCCGCCUUUAUUGUACAGUGUGUUGGACAGAGCAGAUAAACAGCUACUAAUAUGUCCUCCAGUUACUCGAUUCUUCUGUGGACAGAGGGAGUUUUCCUAUAAGCUGUUAAUCCAAGGAGACUCUUCAGGGAGACUGUGUAUUUGGAGUGUGCCUGAUACUCUUGAACAACAAGGUAGUGCAAAAGGACUGCAAACAACAACUUCAGUAUCCCUCCAGGAAGCUUUUGAUAAACUUACUCCUCGCCCUGCUGGGAUUAUAGACCAACUAAGCUUAAUACCAAACAUCAAUGAACCACUUAAAGUUACAGCCAGUGUGUAUAUCCCAGCACAUGGGCGUUUGGUUUGUGGUCGUGAAGAUGGAAGCAUUGUUAUUGUGCCAGCAACGCAAACUGCUAUAGUUCAGCUGCUGCAAGGAGAGCAUAUGCUUAGGAGAGGUUGGCCACCUCACCGGACUCUCCGAGGCCAUCGAAACAAAAUUACAUGUUUAUUGUAUCCUCAUCAGGUUUCUUCUCGUUAUGAUCAAAGGUAUUUGAUCUCAGGUGGUGUGGAUUUCUCAGUCAUCAUAUGGGAUAUAUUUUCUGGAGAGAUGAAACAUAUCUUCUGUGUACAUGGUGGAGAAAUUACACAGCUUCUAGUUCCACCAGAAAACUGUAGUGCAAGAGUCCAGCACUGUAUUUGCUCUGUUGCCAGUGAUCACUCAGUUGGUCUUCUGAGUCUGCGGGAGAAAAAAUGCAUCAUGCUGGCAUCCCGUCACCUUUUCCCUAUUCAAGUAAUAAAAUGGAGGCCUUCCGAUGACUAUUUGGUAGUAGGAUGUUCAGAUGGGUCUGUGUACGUCUGGCAAAUGGAUACUGGUGCACUGGACAGGUGUGUGAUGGGAAUAACAGCAGUGGAAAUCCUGAAUGCCUGUGAUGAGGCAGUCCCAGCGGCUGUGGACUCCCUGAGCCAUCCCGCCGUCAACCUGAAGCAGGCCAUGACUAGGCGUAGUCUGGCUGCUCUGAAAAACGUGGCGCAUCAGAAACUACAGACUCUUGCCACUAACCUACUUGCUUCCGAAGCGUCUGACAAGGGGAAUUUACCUAAAUAUUCACAUAACUCCCUGAUGGUUCAAGCUAUAAAGACUAACUUAACAGAUCCAGAUAUACACGUGCUCUUCUUUGACGUAGAAGCCCUGAUCAUUCAGCUACUGACUGAGGAGGCCUCCAGACCCAACACUGCACUCAUUUCUCCAGAGAAUUUACAGAAAGCCUCUGGCGGGUCUGACAAAGGAGGCUCCUUUUUGACUGGCAAACGAGCAGCCGUCCUCUUCCAGCAGGUCAAGGAAACAAUCAAAGAGAAUAUAAAAGAGCAUCUUCUUGAUGAUGAAGAUGAGGAUGAAGAAUCGAUAAGACAGAGAAGAGAAGACGGUGACCCAGAAUAUCGCUCUAGCAAAUCUAAACCAUUAACUUUAUUAGAAUAUAAUCUAACCAUGGACACAGCAAAGCUUUUUAUGUCCUGUCUUCAUGCCUGGGGCCUGAAUUCUGUUCUAGAUGAGCUUUGCCUUGAUCGUCUUGGGAUGCUUAAGCCACACUGUUCAGUGUCCUUUGGCCUCCUGUCUAGAGGAGGCCACAUGUCUCUGAUGCUUCCUGGCUAUAAUCAGCCUGUAGGCAAACCGUCGUAUGAUAGUGUGGAGUUAGGAAGGAAAAUGUCCAUUACAGAAGGGCUUGGAAAGGGGACGUACGGUGUAUCACGUGCUGUCACCACUCAGCAUCUCCUGUCUGUUAUCUCACUGGCCAACACACUGAUGAGUAUGACCAAUGCAACUUUUAUCGGAGACCACAUGAAGAAAGGUCCGACCAGGCCACCUAGGCCAGGCACUCCUGAGAUGUCAAAAGUGAAGGCACCCCCUUCAAUUUCAAGUCAUGCAGCACAAGGACAAAUUAAGCAAGUUGCUCCUGCUGUUUCUUCUAGCACUGAAGCUGGUCACUCUGGCUCUGACACUGCUCCUACUUUACAUACCUGUUUCUUAGUCAAUGAAGGGUGGAGCCAGCUCGCUGCUAUGCACUGUGUAAUGCUCCCUGACCUGUUGGGACUGGAUAAAUUCAGACCUCCUCUUCUGGAGAUGCUGGCUCGCAGGUGGCAGGAUCGAUGCUUGGAGGUAAGAGAAGCUGCCCAGGCCUUAUUGCUAGCAGAACUGAGAAGAAUCGAGCAGGCAGGUCGGAAAGAAACCAUUGAUGCUUGGGCUCCUUAUUUACCACAGUACAUUGACAGUGUUAUAUCACCUGGAGUAACCACGGAAGCCAUUCAAACUGGUAGUGCAAGCCCAGAUUCAUUGGGAACAGAAGCAAAAGUUCAGGAAGAGGAGCAUGAUCUGGUUGAUGAUGACAUCACAGCAGCCUGGUUGCCUGAACGAGGAUGGUCUUCUAACACAGGUUGUCUGUCUGGUCUCCCACAAAUGAAAAAAAUAUCGACGUCCUAUGAAGAGAGACGGAAGCAAGCCACAGCCAUUGUCCUGCUGGGGGUGAUUGGGGCAGAAUUUGGAGCUGAAAUCGAACCUCCAAAACUUCUCACUCGGCCACGUAGUUCCAGUCAAAUUCCCGAGGGAUUUGGUUUGACUAGCGGUGGAUCAAAUUAUUCCUUGGCGAGGCACACAUGCAAGGCACUGACGUUUCUGCUGCUGCAGCCGCCCAGCCCCAAGCUGCCCGCGCACAGCACCAUCCGCAGAACCGCCAUCGACCUCAUCGGCCGCGGCUUUACCGUCUGGGAGCCCUACAUGGAUGUCUCUGCCGUGCUGAUGGGCCUUCUGGAGCUCUGUGCUGACGCGGAGAAACAGCUUGCGAACAUCACAAUGGGGCUGCCCCUGAGUCCAGCCGCCGACUCUGCCCGCUCAGCGCGGCACGCUCUCUCCCUCAUCGCCACCGCCAGACCACCCGCCUUCAUCACCACCAUCGCCAAGGAGGUGCACAGACACACUGCCCUCGCAGCGAACACGCAGUCUCAGCAGAAUAUUCACACCACCACUCUUGCUCGGGCUAAAGGGGAGAUCUUGAGAGUCAUUGAGAUACUUAUUGAGAAGAUGCCUACUGAUGUUGUGGACCUUCUUGUGGAGGUUAUGGACAUCAUCAUGUAUUGCCUUGAAGGAUCUUUAGUUAAGAAAAAGGGUCUUCAGGAAUGCUUUCCAGCCAUCUGCAGGUUCUACAUGGUCAGCUAUUACGAGCGGAGUCACAGAAUAGCAGUGGGAGCUCGCCAUGGUUCAGUGGCCCUCUACGACAUCCGGACUGGGAAAUGUCAGACUAUCCAUGGCCAUAAAGGACCGAUAACUGCGGUGGCUUUUGCCCCUGACGGCCGGUACCUCGCUACGUACUCCAAUUCCGACAGCCACCUCUCCUUCUGGCAGAUGAACACCUCUCUCCUGGGGAGCAUCGGCAUGCUGAACUCUGCGCCCCAGCUCCGCUGCAUCAAAACCUACCAGGUGCCCCCCGUCCAGCCGGCCUCGCCGGGCUCUCACAACGCCCUCAGGCUGGCACGGCUCAUCUGGACCUCCAACCGAAACGUCAUCCUCAUGGCUCACGACGGCAAGGAGCAUCGCUUUAUGGUCUAGGCUGGGAGGAGGAGGGCGACGGCGCUGGGGAACGUGCUCCUCGCGUGGCGCAGCAGAAGCGGGGGAUCAGUAACACUGUGACGGCGCUCCUCGGCCAGAUCUGCAGCGGCAGGAAUCAAACCAGGCUUUGCAGCCGGGCUGAACCCGGCCCCUUCCUCGCUGGAUAUUGAGUUCAUGCAGCAGCCCUCAUUAAACACGUUUUUCCUUCGGAGACUCUUGCAGAAUCUCAGUGUUUACCAAAAAGGCUCAUUGUUUACAUGUACUUUCUCCUAGUGACCACUGAAUGAUGGUGGCUGAUGCAUCUCAGAGCUAGGCACUUGGCUUUCUUAAUGAGGGGCUCAUUGCCUCGAGAUGGGGAGGGCGUUGAGUUUCGGGGGGUGGAUGGCCUGUGUUCUGAUCUGAAGGGGAUGUUUCCUCAUGGAAAGUCUCAGUUUUCAAGAGAAUCGGAAGUGCUGCUGUGCCCAGUCACUGUUUGCUGUAGUCUGGAAGAAAGAAUAAUAGUCCACAUGUAAAUAAAUUAAAAAAAAAAUCUCUUUAAGAUGGAAUAGCAAACUUGAAAAAAGGAGUAUUUAUAUAUAAAGGUGGUUUUUGCUACCAAUGCAGGUAUUUAUUUAAAAAAAAAAAAAGACAAAAAGCUUUUUCUUCCUAAAGCUGCUCCCAUUUGUGCCGAGUAGUGCAGGGCAGUGCGACUGCACCCACGCCAUGCCACCCUGCGCUUGUGUCACAGCCACGGCUCCCACGGUGGCUUCACCGGGGGACCAGAGGGCAAGGACACAGGUCCUGGAGGGAGGCGGCACAAAUGGCAUCGGUGGGGAGCAAUUCUGGCUGGAAAAAUGAUGAAAAUUAUGUAGAAGGUAAGUUAUUUGAAUGGAUAUAUUGAAACGUUUUCUUCAGUAGGAAUAUUCCUGUGUAACAUUACCUGUGACUGUGUUUCCCUCUUCUUACAUAUCUAAUUUUGUGAAAUAUUUAAUAGUGUGAAAGUAUGCUGGUUUAUGCUCACAGUAAAGAAAAAAAAAUCUAUAAAAUACUAUUUUAUUUAAACAUAUUGAUGUAUAUGUUUGUAUAGCUUUUUCUUUGCCAUUUUUGUCUGAAAAGCUCACAGAACUAAGAAGGCUGUCUUUACGUAAUAAAGUAAAAAUGGUACUUAUAGAAUCUUCCCUUCCCCAAAAAGGAAUAAAUGAAUUUUAAAAAUGGCUUCUAAAUAUAAAAAGCAUUGAUUUUUUUUUUUUAGGUGGUCUGUGUAGUACACUGUACAUGAAAGUGAGAUUUACAGUCCAGAAGUUACAUAUCUGUUUGCUGUUUAAAAAUAAUUUUAAAAAAUUUAAAAAGCAAGAAAUUAAGACCAUUAGGAAUGUUUAACACAAACUGCCGUAAAGUUUAAUCUUUUCUCUGGCGGGAAUGUAGUAUAUAGUGGAGAACUCUGUAGUAGAAUAUCAGGGUCUUUUCUAAGUGAACUAAUGCAACAUGCAUGUACAUUGUGUUUAUACAGAUAUAUAUGUAACCUUGGAGAUAAAAAAAAAAAAGAGGAGAGCUAACAGAGUCUUUUCAUCCGUAGAAUGAAAUGCUGUAAUUUUCAGUGUAGGCUUAUGAGGAGAGCACUAAGGUAGCCUGUAAGCUUUCUCCCACCGGUAUCCCAGGAUCCUAUCCGUUAGGUUACAGUGGAUAUCAUGUUAUGUAUACGUGUUUAUUUUCAAAACAAAAUGCGGCCCCAGUAGGAAUGGGGACCGUGCCCCUGCAGUGAUUUCCUUUGUGGUAUAGUGAACAAACAUCUUGAAUUAUAUAUGCAUUAAAAUGUUUGUUUUAAGCUAGAAGUGUAAUGGAUUUUCUCAAAUGCGGAAGAGAGCUGGUAAUUUUCCUCGCCGUCCUGCCUGAAAAUCAGUUCAUGUAGCAAGAGCCGAAGCGUUAGUGGAGAGAGACUCGCUUGCGGAGGAGUCGCUAACCCCAAAAAUGUCCCUGACUGGAGCUGGGGCCAGUCUGCCCCACGUCCCCGGCCGUCGGGCUGGGCAAGGGGCCGACGUGGUCCCCGCUGGGCUGGAGAUGCCUCCCCAGCUCGCUGCUGCGUGCGCACCAGUUAAACCCAGCCCUCCGCUUCGGUGACUCUGUUGAGCCCAGUCCUGAACUUCUGCCCAGCCUCGCGCUCUCAGCACUGCAGUGAAAUGUGUAUUGUCAUUCCGGUGUAAGCUUUUAGUGCUUUAUUGAUUUGUUAGUACUGUAUUUGGACUUGUCCUUGUAAAUGUAGAGACGUAUGUGGCUUCACUGGCAGUUUACAAGCAAAAGAUGACAUGAUGAGACACCUGUAUGAAAAUGUUGUGAUGAUUGAAGUCACCGUGUAUGGUGAAUGGUUCAAGUCUCUGCCUCUCCAGCAACUUCUUGACGAAUCCACUCCCCGUCCUCUGUAUGUAUUAAACUUCCUGGUGUAAAUAUGCUUGUGAAAUAAAACUGAAUUGUAUUGAA